UGUUUUAGGCUGAAUUUUAAUAUAUCGAAAUCGGUCUAUUGCGUCAUUAGUUGGCCGUGUGGCCCUCAAAGAGCCUUGCAAUCCUGCUCACUCAAACGUAUCUUUGAUGUAUUAAAACGACAAGACAGUUCUAUGAGUACAAUAUUUAUGCAUCUUAAAUACCAGCGAGACAUCAGUUCAACGUCUAAAUCGGGAUCUUUAGCCCGGUGUACAGCCGCCCUCAACUUGUUUUCGAGGAGAGUGGGUGUCUGAAUACAGGCUAAUUCGACUUUGGGGCGGUCAUAGUCAAGCAGUCCAUCAAGUAUGGAUGUUUCUGCGUUUUGUAUGUGACUAUUUUCCUUUUUUUCCCUUCAUGGACACCCUGUCCACAAUCACGCACUUUGCAAUAUUUAAUAUUUGAGGAAUGCUGCUUCACCGGCACCCUUUUCCGGUUCCAAUUCCCGCGCCGUCACGAGUUGGUAGCGAACAAAAUGGGGCGAAAUCGUCUCCAGGGCCUUUCAGGCGCUGAAAAUUAAGAUGGCGGACACGUCGAGGAUAGUAGAUAGGAAAAAUCUUAUCACUUACAUCAGAAGCACAUCACCUAAAGACUUACUGUGAUGCAACAAGUUCUUGUCAACCGAAGAAUGAAACUUGUUUCGACUGUUGUUCCCAUGUGCAGACGUUCUGUGAAAGCGUGGACUUAUUUCAAAAGAUUUGCAAGGGAUUUUCACGCAUCUGUCCCGCUUUAGGGCAUGAAAUUAAAGAAAAUAUUAUGAGCAUUGGAACACCGUUUUCCAGUCACAUGAUGACAGCACCCCUCACCAACACUAUCGCCAUUAGUAUGACACAAAGUGGAGUUAUCAUCACUUCUGGUGGCUCUGUUUCUGGUGUCGCAGGCUUGGCUUCUGCUGGGUCCAUUGGCUCUGUUUCUGGUGUCUCAGGCUCAGCUUCUGCUGGGUCUGUUGGCUCUGUUUCUGAUGUCUCAGGCUCAGCUUCUGCUGGGUCUGUUGGCUCUGUUUCUGGUGUCGCAGGCUCAGCUUCUGCUGGUUCGGUUGGCUCUGUUUCUGGUGUCGCAGGCUCAGCUUCUGCUGGUUCGGUUGGCUCUGUUUCUGGUGUCGCAGGCUCGGCUUCUGCUGGGUCCAUUGGCUCUGUUUCGGGCGUCUCGGGCUCAGCUUCUGCUGGGUCUGUUGGCUCUGUGUCUGUUGUCUCAGGCUCAGCUUCUGCUGGGUCUGUUGGCUCUGUUUCUGGUGUUGCAGGCUCAGCUUCUGCUGGUUCGGUUGGCUCUGUUUCUGGUGUCCCAGGUUCAGCUUCUGCUGGGUCUGUUGGCUCUGUUUCUGGUGUCGUGGGCUCAGCUUCUGCUGGGUCCAUUGGCUCUGUUUCUGGUGUUGUGGGUUCAGCUUCUGCCGGGUCUGUUGGCUCUGUUUCUGGUGUUGUGGGGUCAACCUCUGCCGGAUCCCUUGGCUCUGUUUCUGGUGUUGUGGGCUCAUCUUCUGCCGGGUCUGUUGGCUCUGUUUCUGGUGUCGUUGCCUCUGCUUCUGCUGGUGUCGUGUCUAUGACAUGGCCUUCUAUAGUAACUUCAGCAUUCGGCAGCAUGAUAGCCACAAUCAGCCCUAGUGCCCAUAGCCAUGUUCUUAUGAGUAGUUUUGCUCACAGUGGUCAACCAUGGUGGUCAUCUUAUAACAUCAGUGAAAGGAUGGAAUGGUGGUUACAUUAUAUAAAGAACAACACUGAUUGCAAGCAUGGCGAAAAGUUCUGUGGCUUGAAGCUUAAAUGUAUUCCAGAUGACGAGGAUUGCACCAUACAUCUUACGAAUGACAUGAUGCGCAACUUAAGCAAUACUGCCUGGUGUGUCAAUUGCUCUUCCAACGAGUACUUCUGUCCAUUAUUCAUGCAAUGCAUAAGUGUCACUGAAAAUUGCUCCUACCACCGUGUACACCAGUGGAUUAAUUCUGGCAAUACAAGUGAUGAGCUGGAUUUUGAUAUGGCUUGUGGCUUAAAUGAGACCUUCUCAUUUGAAACUAUGACAUGUGAAUCUAAAGGUCCUUCACUAGGUGGCAAGGAACACGUAUGUACUCAUCAUCAGGCUUUCUGUCCAUACAGUGCAUCAUGUAGGAAUAAGACAGACUGUGAUCCCUUCCCAGCAUUGAACUUCAGCAAGGCAUUGGAUGAUGACACCUUUGGCUGGGCGCAUAUGUGCCAGAUCAGAAAUCUAGUUUGUCCAAAUGUUGCCCGUGCAGUGAUUCAGUGUGAACAUGACAUGCACAAGUGUAACUCGAGCUGUCCUAAAGGGGAAAAACUCUGCAAUGAUAAGUUCUGUAUAUCUGUAGAUGAGACGUGCUGUCCCUUAGGAAAAGUCCUUUGUAAUAAAACUGGAGAGUGCUUACCAAAUGGAACGAUGUGUUGUCCAACAGGAGAAGAACAUUGCAAACAUACUGGUGACUGUAGUAAACCAUCAGAUUGUCUACCUCCUGUUGCUAAUGUGACAUUUCCCACUGUAUGGAAGUAUCUUCCUCUUGGUGCCAAUUUAAGCAAGGGAAUUUUUAAAGAUGGUGAUGUUACUGUAGCACUUCAGAGUGUUGAGAUGCAUGGGGUUGAUGGAUCAUUAGAGUUUUAUGGAAGUUCAAAGUGGACAACUGUUCAAGGUCUCUCUCGAUCUAAUGCAUUGGUGUUAGGUCUAUCAAGCUACCUAAGAUUUGCAUCUUCCAAGAAUGGAUCACAUGGCAUUGUGUUAGUGAAUUUCACAACCUAUAGUGAUGAAAGCAAAAUUGGAAAAUAUGUAGAUGCAUCUUCUCUUACUUGGAAUUAUGGCCAGACAAUUGCUAUUUUUGAACUGCCAUCACUAAUACCACCUAAAAUUAUUUACAAUGGCUCCACUUUUUCGGUGGCUGAGGAUAGUAAGGGUGAUGAGUAUUUUGAGGUUUGGGAUCAGCUGUACGAUAGUUCCCCAAAAGUGGAUUCAGAUAAUCACAUUCCUGAUUCUAUCUCGGGAAAUGUCAAUCGGCAAAUGUAUGAACUUUACGUUGAUUUACUGGAAGAGAUCAGCACUCUGAAACUUGGGCUGCGAAUAAAGGAUACAUCAGAGAAAAUAAAAUUCAAGGGAGGAGCACGUAAGGAUUCUUCUGCAGCGAAGACAGAGCUUCAAUUUAUUCCAAGGGCAGACUUCAAUGGUGAUGUGCACUUCUCUGUGGAGAGCUACCUGGCUACUCCAAACAUGUCAUACCUGGGUAUUGCAUACUUUUUCUCCCCUGAAGUGGCACAAGCUCUUAAAACAGUCAUAAAGGGAGAUGAUCCAGAAAAAUUACGUUUGGUCAAGGAAGUCCUUUAUGGGAUCUUGACAGAUAACUUAAAGCCUGCUGUCAGUAACAUCCGGGACGUUGCUAGCAAACUUAAAAAUCCAGUGCUAUCAAGCCAAAAAGUUGCACAGCUUGUCAAGGAUACUGAAGAGGUCAUAAAUACAAGUUAUCCUGUAGAUUUGGGUGAUGAUGACCCUUUCUCACAGAUCAAUUCCAACCUAAAGCGUGUUGAAGUCAGUGAAAGGGGAGACAUUAUGUACAUUGGAAAUGUUAUCAGGGUACGAAUAUCGGUUACAGCAGUGAAUGACAAGCCAAAGGUUAAAAGGAACAGAGGCAAUCUUGUCCCGCUUCCGUUUGACCUAAAUGCAACAGCAUACACUGGUUCUGUGGUCAAGGAUAUCCUUGCUGAACUGGCAGAAGACGUUGAUGACGAAAAUAUGGAUUUUGGAGCUGCCGUUAUUUCUCUAGGGAAUAGCUCCUUUGGAAAGUGGCAGUACAAGAUGAAUGACUCCUUGGCUUAUACAGACUUCAAUUUUUCCAGUGAUUCUGAAGUUCUGCUUCUCCCACCUAAAGCUAGGAUUACCAUGCAACUCUACAACCAGGAUGUCUUCUGGAGCACUGCAGAAGCAUUUGAGAAGGGAGCUUAUAUUGCAAUCAAAGCCUGGGAUAUGACAGACAACAGGAAUCCGGGGGUGCACGAUAAAAGUAUUGAGGAUAAUGGCACGUCAAUUAGUAAGAAAUUUGUCAAUUUCCUGCUUCUGCGCCGAGGUUGUGACAAUAGAACAGACUUUCCUGCAAGGAAUGAUCGAUGUGGUGUUUGCAGAGGAAAGGAUGAAUGUGUCGCAUGCGACAGUGUGCCUUAUUCAAAUGCUACAAUAAAUCAAUGUGGUUAUUGUGUUGGUGGAACUACCAAUUUAACUCUGACACACGACGUUGACUGUGCAGGGGAUUGUGACAAGAACAUUAAUGACUCGGUCUUGACUUGCGGAAGAUGCAUGAAUAAACACAAAAUUCAGAAUUUUACUGACUGUACUGGCACGUGUUUUGGAGGAGCAAAAAUAAACACAUGCGGUAACUGCGCCGGUGGCAAAUCAGGAAUACCAAAGAACCUUGGAAAAGAUCUUUGUGGUCUGUGUAAUGGAGACAACACUACCUGUGAAGACUGUGCUGGUGUUCCUAACGGAAAAUCAAUACCAGACUUCUGCGACGUUUGCCGUUUAGAAACGGAUGCUGCAUUCAACACUGGUUGUUCAUCAUUUGGAGAGUUAAAGCCCGUUAGCGGGGAGGCUGGUGCGGCGACUGUCGUAACGCUAAAGGGCGCUGGCUACCAGAAAUUAGCUUUGCGCGGCUGUCAGUUUAACAAUUCCGUCUCAACUGAAAAACAUAGUUCCUCAUCCAACGAUCAUACUUCAAAUAUUAUCAGAGUGACUGCACCAACAGACUUGCCUGCAGGAACGUACAGCAUUCUCUGUACGUUCUCUAACAGUCUCGUCGUUGAAACUGAGGAAGCUGUCUUUACAGUUUACAACAGAUCAACCAUUUCUCUGUCAAGCAUUUCACCAAGCGAAGCUGAGAUAAAAAGUGCAAGCUUCAAUGUUACCAUCACUGGGACUGGAUUUGUUGACACUGGUUAUAUUGCAUGUGUGAAGGUUGGAUCUUCCACCAAGCUUGGACGUGGUUCUUUUGUGAGUGCUACUGAAGCAACCUGCCUAUUCCGUACCACUGCCAAUUCUGCUUUGUUCAACGUUUCAUUGGUCUUUGGAGAGAACGAUCCUGCCGUUGACUCCAGCGUGGAGUUCUCAUUCUAUGCUAUCCAGCCGCAGGCUCUGUCCUUACGAUUUAAAGACAAUCCCAGCAAACUUUUGUUAACUUUCGACAAGCCAGCAGAAUAUAUAACAGAAGACCCUGAUUUGGGUUGUUCUGACUUUUUUGACCGAGCAACGCUGGGCAAGUUCACAAGCGAAACCAAAUGUGCCCUGCUCACAAGCAAAAAAAUGAUUAUUAAAUUAAUUGGCUCUGGUGCCACCGUUGCACCUGGCGACACAAUAAACUUCAAAAACGGCAGUUUAGCUGCUCGAGGAGAAGAAAACACCAAGUUUGAGUCUGGGAACACCACACUUACAGUAGGAUCCCCUCCGAACCCUCCAGUACCAGUCAUCGAAAUUCUUGCACCAACUAUAAUAGGACCAUGUGCUAGUUUGGAAAUCAAUACACUCUCGAAAAAUGAUGGAGGCCGUAAAAUGAGUUUUAAGUGGUAUGUAAAAGAGAAAGUCGGCGUGUCAAACGCGACUGCAACUGACAUGGAAGCCCUCAAUUCAACUCUGACUGCUCUUCAGUCAUUUUCACCUUACAUUACUAUUGGAAGUGAUCGCAUAGUCAGGGAUGUUGAAUAUGAAAUUGUGGUCGAAGUUAGUAACUUCCUCGGAGAGAGCACAGAAGCCACUUUAGCCGUAACGCGAAAGGCAGAAGCAGUCCCAGAAGUGGAGUUGAGUUCAACAGGUGAAAGUAUCCUGCGCUCCCAGAGACUCUUUCCCCGCGCCAAAGUUACCUUGCCUGGGUGUAAUGGAUCAGAUUCAGAGCUCAAUUUCUUAUAUGUGUGGGAGCUGAAGGACUCGUCUGAUGAGGUAGUCGACCUUGGUCCCGACACUGACUUGAGAAGACCUUAUCUUAAGUUAGAUGGAAGUAACUUGAAUGGCGGCGAGAGUUAUACUCUGUCUGUGAAAGUGUUUGAUGCAAAGGAUCCUUCUAUUCAAGCCUCGGAAAGCAUCGAAAUUGAUGUGCAGUCCAGUGAAUUGAUUGCUCGUGUUAAAGGUGGGGUCUCCUUUGAUGUUGGUUACGGAGAUUACUUAGUACUGGAUGCAAGCGGCUCGGAAGACCCGGAUGAAAGCAGUGAUGAAGCCGUGUAUCUGUGGGCUUGUUUUGACAGCUCUGGGUUUGAUUGCUUCUUUGACAAUGAACGUGUAACCUUCGAAAAGACUGCAAAAAUCAACAAAAGUGUUGCAACAUUUUUGGAAAGUGGCCAAACCUAUGACUUUCGUUUGACGUACCGGAAAGGUUUCCGUUCAUCCGAAGCGGAAGUCAAAGUUCAAGUUCUAGCCUGCUCCCCUCCAAAGGUCACCAUCGAUGCUUUGAAGUCUGGCAAGUUCAACACUGAAGACGAAAUAAUGAUCACGGGUCAAGUGGCAGCGGUGGCACUCAAAGUGUAUCUGGAAUAUUCAUUUGUGUCAGGGAAUGGUUUGACGUAUGUCUCCGAUCUGUCGUCAGUUGCUGCAAACAGUAAGCUGGUAACUGGAGAAAGUUUUGAGAGUGAAAAUGUUCCAUUGAUGAAACGUUUUGGAUUUUCCUUUAAAAGAAACAAGUUGCAGCCGGGAGAUUACAGGUUCAAAGUUUCAGCUAAGACAACCGCGUGCACUUCGUCCUCCGAGACGACAUUCACUAUUAACGCCGCUCCAUUUCCAGGUACUUUAACAGUGAGUCCCUCGAGUGGUACUGCUGUUGACACCCAGUUCACACUCAGAGCAGGUCUUUUUACCGACGAUUUAGCUGAUUAUCCCUUGAAGUACAAGUUUGGUUUUUAUGCGAUAGAGGAUGGUAAAGAAGUUAAAAGAUACUUGGGCCUUCAGAAUGCCCGGCAACGUAAACGUGUAACAUUGGCACAAGGCGAUAGUGCAAAGAACAACACAGUUCGCGUUUUUGUGGAGGCUUUCGAUAAGCGGGGUGCUUUCGUAACGGUGGAGGAGACCGUGACUGUUAACCCUAAAGUGUUCAGUCUGUCCGAUCUGCAAGACUUAAAAACGUCCGGAGAGGCGCUUCAAGAGGGCGGGGACGUGGAUGAUCAGUUAGGCCAAAUGAACAUCAUCUUGGAAGCUGUCAGGGAAACCGGCGGAAGCGAUGAUGAGAAAGAAGCCGUCAAUCAACUUAAAGAGCUCUAUACUUCCGUGGCGGUCAGCGCACUGGAGGCAGUGGAAGGUAAUAGAGAUGGUGAAAGGAAUGCCUUGAUUACAUUGGGUACAACUACAAAUGGCGGCGCCGAUUCGUUCGAAGACGCAACCAAAAACAACAUGAUUAAUGCUGUUCUCAAGCUUCGAAAGCUUGCCCGACAACUUCGCAGGAGGCGUAGAGCUGUUGAACCUGAAAUUUUAGUCGUCGAGCCAUUACUUGCUACUGAUGCUGAAAAAAGUUUGAUACCUGUGUCAAAUCUGAUCGCCCCAGCUGUCUACACUGAAUCAGAAUUUACCCGGAAGAAAGACUUCUUAUAUCUUGUCGACUCAAUCGGACUUCAGGUGUGCGCUGGCCGAGGCGUUGGCGCCCCUGCUGUGUUCGCCGUGGCAUCCCAGAUGGCGAUGCGUGCAGUUACAACGAAUUUUGAUGGCAUAGCUAGUACUACAAUCGAUAUGGCAUGUUCCGAUUGCACUUCAGUCGUGGCUCAUACUGCUAAGAUGACGCUAGGAGAGUCUCUGCAUGAUGAUUACAAAAAGUGGCGCUGCGCGACAGAAGAAACUUGUAGUGGAGCCUGCCUUCUAUCAACUCAGUUCCCUAACGACCUGUUACUGAACGAGAGUGACUCCAGCCGUCUGACUGACAUCGUGGAUAUCAAGCUGUAUAACCCGGUAACCAAGCGACUGAUUAACACAGGAACCUUGGAAAGUCCCGUCAACUUCUUGAUACCGCUGAAGUCAGGCAAGACAUUCCCGAAUGAGAGUUACGUUGAGUGCAAACUAUGGAGCUCAGGUGAAGCAAACUGGACGAACACCGGAUGUGUAUCAACUCAAAGCGCGUUGGUGUCUGGUAAUGUGACUUAUGUGGAAUGUAACUGUACGCAGCUGGGAUAUCUCACCGUGUUUAUUGGUCCAGCUACCACCGAACCUCCUCCUACUACUGCGGCAACUGAAGCUCCAACCCAAGCCUGCGACCUUGAACCAAUAAGCAAAGGCAUUAAUGUUACCUUUACCUUCAAUCAGUCCUACAGCAGCGUUAUUUCAAACGACAGCCAAAAGGCUGCCGUCACAAAGUCUCUUCUACAAGAGAUAUCAAGCGCACUUGGUAUGGACGAAUGCAGCGUACAGGACUUGGACCUAAAAGAAGGCAGCAUCGUGGUGUCAUUUGUUGUGGUUCCCGCAAAAGAUCAGAGUACUGCCAGCCUUGAAACUGCGGUCUCCCAACUCGAGACCAAAAUCAAGUCUGGUGACUUAAACGUGACCGUACCGGGAGGGAUAGUUCUCUCUGCGGACCCAUCAUCGUUCGCGUCUGUAGCGUUCACGCCAUCAACUGUGGCCACUACUACUACUACUGCUGCCCCCACUGUAGCGGGCACUGCAACUGAAUCAAGCGGCUUGAGUGAAACGAAUGUAAUCAUCAUUGCCUGUGUGUGUGGCGGAGUGGCAUUGAUCGUCAUCAUCGCCGUCGCUGUGUAUUGCUUCAAGAAAAAGACAGGCGGGGGAAAGAUCUCACCAGCAGCCACACCUGAAGCACAGGAAGACCUGGAAAUGAAUGAACGCGGGCGUUUCGUUACUAAGCCCAGCAAGGAUCAUCGUAGUGCCAAUAACAACAUGGCUGUAGAUCCUGACGCGUAGAUGUUGUCAUCAGUCACUGACAAGUGGUCUACUCUAGAAUCUCAGAACAGUUCGUUGCAUGAAAACGAUUUCUUCAGUGUAAUCUCCUACUAAGAAUCCGCCGAACGCUGCUUUUUGAACUAAAGGCUGGUCCGACUAGAGGCAGAGGGCUUACAAUAGGCAAGACUCGCACUUGAAUAGGGAAGAAUGCGGAAGUUCAAAUUAAAAAAAAAAAAUCAUUUUACAAAGAAACAGAACAACAGAAGAUCUGGAAAACUUCUUGGUUCUCCAGAAUGCUAAGGUUCGCGAGAAAAAUAACAUCAUUCAGUCCCAUACCAACUGUGUUCUUUAGACAAAUGGUUUGCCCCUCGAGUAUUCUUCUUGGUCAAAUAAAUGAUAUUAUCUGUGAGUAUCUAAUGCAUAAUGUUCGUAUUCCAUGGACGAGGCUAAAAACACGAGUUAGCCCCCGUGUGACAAAAGAAGUCACUCCCUGUCCCCAACAGCUGUUGGAGUUGAUGAUAAUACACAUGAAUUGUAUGUUAAUCACUAAAAAAUUGAUUGCAUGAUUCGUGGAACAUCUGUAACAAUCACAUACCGUGUAUGCCAGUACACUAGUAUUCUUGUAUAAUAUUGGUGUGUUUUUAAAGUGCUCGAUGGAUUGUAUGUUUGAGGUGCAAUUUUUAUCUUUUCUUAUUUUUCUCCGUUGUGAGUGGCACAAACGUUUUUUGUUAAAUAAAGCGUGUAGUGAAUGAAUUAACUUGUCACUUGUUCAUUCGAUCCGUAGUAACAAGCUUGGUUCGAUCAAUAUCCAUUUUUUUUUUCCAUGGAGUGACUGUCAUAAAGGCUCCAUAAAACGAGUGGGGUAGUGGGUACCUGAUUGCCCCAAACGAAAUCAAGCGUUCCCGUACAAUGGUUUAUUGAGAUUAUGGCCGAAGUCUAAACAACGCAUCUUGUUUCCCCAUUUCAGUCUGACAUCUUCUGAUCAUAUUCUUGUGACAACCACAAUUAACUGUGCCGGGUUGUUCAUUAACGCUAAACCAGGAUUAAACCUAUCAGACUUUGUGUUUAAUUUUUGGACAAUGGCACACCGUUUAUGGGCAUUUUUUAUUGUUUGCAGCUUGAAAGGCGCUAUUGUUUCUAGAACAAAGAACCGACUCUCAGCCAAUUUCCGAGCGCGAGAUUCAAAAUCUUCGCUGACGACCAGAUGCUGACAAUAUCACCCUUCUCGUGGUGGGGUAGGGGAAAUGUCGCUCAGUACAGCGACAUUUUUCCGGGGUACGGAAGGGAAAAUUUGUUACAUGAAGCGCGGGCUGUAGAAGUUAUUUCUUUCUUGUUGCAAACCGGCGAACGCCAACGUUCAGAAACGCACGCUUAAAUUGCCAGGGUGUGUAUUUUAAAAUACAAAUGAAAAAGCGAAAAAUAAACUGCAAGUAAAACCCAGUCAUCGGCAAAGAAAAGUGAAGCGAAGAAAUAAGCCUUUUUUUCUGGUCUGUUUAAUGCUCUGCAAUAGGCCAGCCGCUAGUAAGCCAAACACGCUGCGUGGAAAGUAGCCUACUUGCAGCGACGAACUGCCGUAGUUUCCGCCACUAUCAAUUAUGUUCGAAAUAUCAGUAAACUCUUGGGAGGGUUAAAUUGUCAUGAUAAAAUUAUUGAAUGUCUUUAAGUAUAAGAAAACAAAAGCGCCUUUCGUGUUAUUUAAAAACACAAUUGCGCUAUUAGUGCUGUUACUCCCCCAAUUCAAACUAAUCGAUUUUUACUCUUUCCAAACAUAUUAAAGUUUAUAAUUAGUCAAUCUAAGAAAUGGUGACAGGAUUCUUGGGGAAUUUAGUUACCAAACACUUUCAUUGCAUUAGUUCCACUAAAGUAUUCAUAACUUGAACGCUUUCGUGGCUAGUUGUGUAUUGUUUUAUCGUCUUUGUCUCUUAAUCGUCAACAAACCAUUAAUUGACAAAAACUUUACUUUCCAUGUAGAAGCGCGUGCCGCUAACCAUUGUCAGGUCUUGUGCACAACAUGAAUAAAGUUCUAAUGAAGACCUCUA